AUGUUGACUAAGAAGAGGAAACUACCCGAGUAUGAAACAAUAACUUUAUCUGAGGAGUGCAGUGUGAUCAUUCAGAACAGGAUUCCUCCCAAUCUUAAAGAUCCAGGGAGUUUUACUCUAUCUUGCUCCAUAGGAAAUUUACACGACAUAAAUUGUUUAAUUGAUCCAAGGGCAAAUAUUAAUUUAAUUCCCUUGCCUAUUUACAGGAAACUGAGAUUAGGAGAUCCUAAGGCAGUGUCUAUAAUCCUUCAACUGGCGGAUCGUUCACUGAAACACCCCUACAGAAUAGUCGAAGACAUGCUUAUCAAGGUGGGGGAGUUCAUUUUUCCAGCCGACUUCAUCAUCUUGGACAUAGAAGAGGCAUAUUAG